ACAUCUGAUUGUAUAACAAAUAAUAACGAUGUUCAUAUUUUUUAACCUAUAUACAUUUUGACAAAAGAAUUUUCUAACAUUCAAUCUCUCUCUCUCUCUCUCUUUUUCUCUGUCUGUCUCUCUGUCUGUCUGUCUGUCUGUCUGUCUCUCUCUUUUUCUCUCUUCUUACAAAUGGCAACUGUAAAUUCAACGUUGGUAAUUAAUAUUGGAGAUCAGAAUGUUUCUAACAGUACUGCAAGUAAUUCUAUUAUCGAUAAUAAAAAUAAUGAUUCACAACUGACACCACUUUUACAAUGUUUUGUUUGUGAUGUAAUUGUAAAAGGACGUUAUUAUGCUUUAGCAACAUGUAGGACACAGAGUUCAAGGUCUAAAGUUAUUGAAAAAUUAGGUGAAUUAGUUGGCGAAAGAUAUAUGGUUGUCAUAUCAGAAGAUGAUGUGAUUUGUCGUAGUUGUGCUAAUCUCAUUAACACUCUUGAUAGAUUAGAAACAGAAAUGCGUAAUGUACGAGAAAAUGUUUUACGAUUUUUAGAACAAAAAUAUUCUUUAGAAGAAGGAGAGCUAUUAGGCAACAGCGAAAAACCUAAACCUUCACAACCACCACAAAUUACACGAUCUAAUAAUCAUAAUUCUAAUAAAUGUUUCAAAAGAAAAGAUGAUAUAUUAUGCGUUAAUACUAUGGAACAUAAUAAAGGCAAAAAAAAUGUUUGGAUGCAAUGCGAUAAAUGUAAAUAUACUACGCAUCAUAACUCGUUCAUGAUUCAUCAUAUACGAGAUUACAUAAAACAGAAAGUAUUUUGCGAUAAAUGUGACAUACAAUUCUCUGGAGAUCAUCAAGUAAUAAAUCACGAAUGCAAUGUAAAAAAGCAUCAAAAUGAAAUGGAAGUUUUAAAAGAGCAUGAAAGAGAAAAAGUAGUUUCUAUAAAAGAUACUGACGAAGAUCUGACAAAAAUGUCUGAUAUAGAAAGAAGCGUUCAGCAGAAUAUGCCAAUCCUACCGUUCCAUACUUAUUCACAAUUGCAACUUACUAAUGAAAAUAUACCUGUGAUACGAUUAGCAAACCCUGAAAACUUACAUAUUUCAAAUAUUUCAAAUAUUCUUGAACAUGAUGAAACAUCUGCUUCAGAUCAACCGAUGUAUGUUAGAGUCUUACAGCAUAUUAAUGUAAAUGAAAAUUUUAUGCAUCCUACAGAAUUAGCAUCGACGCAUAGUGACGUUGAUAUGAUGGUUAAAGUUAAAGAUAGUUCAACCAAGCAAUUAUUGACUUUAACAGAGGAUGGUAAUUUGGAAAUGGUAGAGGUAGCAUGUUGGAAUGAUGAGCAAUCAACAGAUCCAGAUCCAGAUACAGAUAUGCAUUUCUGAUAUGCAAGACAAAAUUGAUUAAUAAUAAUUAUUACGUUUUUUUACAAAAAAACUUUAAUGCCAGAAUAAUUACAAAGGAUGAUUGUAUAAAGUAAUGUCCCAUUUGUAGACAUUUGUAUAUUUAUACUAAUAUGCAUUGACAUGUAUUAAUCUUUUUAUCAUCUAGUUUUUCAGUAAUUUUCUAUUGUUUAGGAUAGAUAUUGUGUGUUUGAAUUAUAUUUUGUAACUGUUCUAUGUAUUUACUAUGAAGAUUGUUCUGUAAAUCUUUAGCUAAAUUCAAAUUGUUAUUAAUAAAAAGAAAAAAAAAAAAUUAUUGAAAUUCAAUAAAAAAUAAGGAUAUUUGAAUGUUUUCGAGAGUACGGAAAUUAAUCAAAUGAGAUAUUAAUUGACGUAAUAUAUUAAUGAUGUGUUAUUAUGAUUAAAUGGAUGUGAUUAAAAAUCUAAAAGAGAAUUUAAGAUUACAUAUAAAUACAAAAUUUA